UUUUAGAUUUAAUCAGUUUUUCAUAGUUUCUAAGUUGUAAUUUGGUCGAUUUUCUAUAAAUAAAUUAAUUAUUUGUUUGUAAUACAGAUUAGCAUUACUAAUUCGUUUGUGUUUAUAACCUAUCUAUACUUACCUUAAUAUUUAAUUGUAUAAAAUUUAGUUUGUUAUAACUUAGUUUUGAACAGAGUAUAGUAAUUAUUAUAUACAUAUAUACCUGCAAUCACCUAAAAUGACAGAUAUUUACAGAUUAAUACACCCACAAAAAUAUUUUAACGAUUAUGUUUCUCGAAAUAUUAGACCAGACGGACGACAAUUCAAUGAACAGCGGAAUAUUAAAUUGAAUCUUAAUUCAUUGGAUACAGCAGAUGCUUCUUCAGUAGUCAAAUGUGGAAACACAACUAUUGUUUGCGGAAUUAAAUUAGAAUUAGCAACACCAAAAGCUGAAGAGCCUAAUCAAGGAUUUAUAGUUACUAAUGUUGAAUUACCAGCACUUUGCUCAACAAAAAAUAAACCAGGUCCCCCUUCAGAUCAUGCCCAGGUCACAAAUUAUCUAGUAUCUGAUAUAAUUAAUAACUCGAAAUCUGUUGACUUAAAAGAUCUUUGUAUAGUACCAGACAAACUGGCGUGGGUAUUAUACUGUGACAUAGUGUGUUUGGACAAUGAUGGCAGUUUGGUUGAUGCCUGUAUUAUUGCAAUGAUGGCAAGUUUAAAAACAUUAACUCUUCCCACUGUGACAUAUGAUAGUGAAACUGCAGAAAUUAGUGUGGAUGAAAAUAAUAGAACACCUUUAAAAGUACAUGGAAUACCUGUAGCAACUAGUUUUGUUGUUUACAAGACUUCAGACAGUGAUAAGUUACUAAUGGACCCAUCAGCAUAUGAAGAAGAUACCUGUGGUGGAAAUGGCGCCAAUUUUAUAGUGUGUUGUAAAAAUGGUCUACUAUGUGGAACACAAAAAUUUGGUGGUAGUAAUCCUUCAGUAGAAUGUCAGGAUGAAGCAUUGAAAAUAGCUAAACAUAGAGCAAAACUUGUUGAAAAAGUUAUUGACACAUGUAUUAAAAAUUAUGAAAUAGGUAUGAAGUUUUGAAGAAUUAUAAUAAACUUUAUU